CGCAUAGGGAUUUCUGGAGUCGAUCGAAGGGAGGGCGGUGAUGGCGGAGGCGGAGAAGAAGAGGGAGGCGGUGAUGGCGGAGGAGGAGAAGAGGAGGGAGGCGGGGAGACACGAGCUUGCGGAAUCCUUGGCCGAUCUCUUCACCAGUAUAUCCGCCAUGAUCAAAGGCGAACUCGAGGGAACAAAUAAUCAACUAUUGCUUCUGGAAAAAAUGAACCAGAGAGUAGCUGAGGAAUACAAUGGAUAUGGAGAUGUCGCAGCUGGCCUGAGAGUCUUUGUUGAGCAACUAUGUGAGAAAAAUCAUGGAUUUGAAGAGUAUGUCCAGCAAAUUGAGAAGAUAGACCAGCAACUUACUGAAUUUGAAGCUGUUGUAUCAAUGCUUGAUAAAUAUGUUUCUUUACUUGAAAAGAAGGUACAAUCUGCACAUCAUAAUAUUCCUACUUAAACUUUGAUUUGCAAGUUUAAGUAAUCAUAUUUUUCCUUUCUGAAUCAGUCAUUAAAAUUGAUGCUUGUUUGGAGCCUUUGGGCUGUCUCUUGUUUACCAGUGGUAAUACUAUUGACAAAGAACGUUUUCUUUUUGCUGUAA